CUCUCACUUUUGGAGAACAGCUUUGUUAGAGGUCGCGACGUAGAGUGUCAUCUUUCUUUGUGAGCUACGCGAGUUUCACGAUACACGAGUAUUAUCUUGAGGAAUGUAAUCGUGGGAACUGAAUACAGCACAGAUCGUAGCAAGAUGAUUCCGUCCGAUUGCAUUCUGGAUAUAUCUAACGUGUUUCAUUCUACUUCCGUUAUAAUCGAAGGAAGUUGCCUUAACAAAUCCGAACCCACCGCAGUACUGCGGGAUGUAUCAGCCCGCGUUCACGGCGGAGAAGUCUUAGCUAUACUAGGAUCAAAGGGUUCCGGCAAGCGAGCACUUCUCGAUGUUAUCGCUGGAAGAGCAGAGGGUGAGAUAAGAGGGAGAAUCACUCUGAACGGCAAUUUGUUGACGCCAGAAUUGUUCCGACGUCACGGCGGCUAUGUUGCACACAGAUGUCAUCUGCUGCCGAGUCUGACAGUUCGUCAAACUCUGAUGUAUGCCACAUGGCUGGCCAAUCUGAACAAUCGUGAGAUCCGGGUGCGGCAGACUCUCGCUGACUUGGCGUUGUCGCAGGUCGCCAACAGAUCGGUAAACGAUCUCACCAGACCGGAAUAUCGUCGAUUGAUGCUGGGCGUGCAACUGGCAAAGGAUCCGACUCUGCUGCUACUGGACGAGCCGACCUGGGACACCGAUCCGCUCAACACGUAUCUCAUCGUCUCGAUGUUGUGGUCCUAUGCAACCAGACGCGGUUCCAUUGUUGUUCUUACUAUGGAGACACCCAGAUCCGACGUGUUACCAUUUGUCAGUCGCGUGACUUUGUUGUGUCUGGGCGCGGUGGUUUACUCGGGACCAACUAGAAGCAUGCUAGAUUAUUUUACCUACAUCGGUUUUCCGUGUCCGGAAUUGGAAAAUCCUUUAAUGUAUUAUCUUUGCUUGUCGACUGUCGAUCGUCGCUCUAGGGAUCGCUUUCUGGAAUCUAAUCAGCAGAUAUCGGUCUUAGUCGAGAAAUUCAAAAUUGACGGAGUGCUUUACAUGAAGGAAGCGCCACAAGUGCCACACAAUAUGAAAGACUCGGGCUUUGGUAUCGUACACAAAGGUUUAGGUCGCGGCAUUAAACCUGGAUGCUUUUCGACUCUUUUGGCGCUAUAUUUACGAGGUAUGGCAACGACAUUCUGCUUAAAUAAGACCGGUCUGGGACACUUUGCCGCUCGCCUGCUGUUGCUGCCAUUCUUAAUCGCCUUAAUGAGCAUACUGUACUCGCACUCAAGUCCCGUACAGUCAAGGAUCUUUUUACAAACCGGCGGGUUAAUCUUCAACGUUUUGACGCUGUUUUACGUUGCGGGAAUAGCUACAACAUCGCUUCUGUUUCCAGGAUUCCGUGCGAGAUAUUAUCAAGAAAAGCGCGAGGGUCUCUACGGUGGAGCGAUGUUUCUCACCGCGUAUAUAAUGCUGAGUCUUCCACUGAGCUUCAUAUCUACUUUGAUGACGAUCGGAAUUCUGGUUCCUAUUUUGGAACUUGAUCUUCCUUCGUGGGCGUACGCUUGUGGUAUUUUAUGGUCUAGUUACGUAGCAGCCGAACAAGUGACCGUAGCUGUGUUGAUGGUGGUCGCACGACCCAUUACCGGUGCUAUCACGGUGCUUUAUAUGACCUUAUUGUCUUUGGUAGUCACUUCAGGUGUUGUUCGAAGUCUGAAGAAUCUGUCGUACUGGUUGGCGAUGGUGUCGAUCGCGUUGCCGACCAGAUAUGCUUCUUUGGCGUUAAAUCAGCUAGUCAUGGACACGCCUAUUAUGUCCAAUCUACCCUAUAACGAGAGCUUUACUUGCCCGGGUAUCCCCGAGCUCUGUAGAUAUCCAUAUGGCAAGAUUUAUCUGAUAGAACGAUUCACCAGAGAAGGUGAGAACAUCUCCGAGGUUUUGAACGUAAAUCUAAAUCUGCUGAUUUCUCUGGCGUUUGCUAUCGGUCUUGUUAUUCUGAACAGCGUUUUAUAUCUGUUGCCUUUGCCCGCUAAAAUAAAAGCUAAAUUUAGAGAAUAAUGAAUUGUCAAGUACAAUAUGGAAAUAACAUUUAAUAUUGUCGUAUGGAACCUUACACGCAGUGUAUACGGGGAAUCAAAUAUUCGAAAAGAGCUGGCUGAUGAUAACACAUCGCAAUGUAUAUAAAAUUGUAAGUAGCAUAAAUGUUGUUUUUUUUUUUUUUUUAUUAAAAGAGAAAAAAGACACAUAUAUAGAAAAAAAAUCAAAAACUUUUAUAACAAGUUAUAAAAUCGUUUUAUUCCAAUCUUAACGUAUGCACCAUGAUUUCGAUUCAGCAACUACGGAUCAUUGUAAAUUUUACAAUAAUAUAUAUAAUUAUUAAAACAUACAUUUAGAAAACAAAUAUUUAAUUCUGUCAAUGU